AGAAGGCGCUAUACACCAAUGGAAUGUUGGUUUUCAACCUAUGACCCAAAUGUUGAUGUAAGGACAGUCAAAACAUGGCUCGAAAUUUGUUUUACCGAGCUGCUAAAGUUGUCCAACUCAGCAUGUUUACACGUCUAGCUAGGUCAAGGUCACUUUGCACGCAAACUCCAGCGGAGCCACUGACUGUCAGACAUCAAAACAAUGGAAUAAGGAGUAUAACCCUGAACAACCCUAAGAAGAGGAAUGCCCUGUCUCUGUCAAUGCUGGACUCACUGAGAGGCAACAUUCUGGCAGACAUCGACAGCGACGACCUCAGAGUCAUCGUCAUAUCAGCUAAGGGACCAGUGUUCUCCUCUGGGCAUGACCUGAAGGAGCUGACGUCAGCACAGGGCAGAGAUUACCACACCAAGGUGUUUCAGGCCUGCUCAGAGGUUAUGACCCUGAUACAAGACAUUCCCGUGCCUGUGAUUGCCAUGGUGAAUGGGGUUGCCACAGCAGCAGGAUGCCAGCUUGUUGCCAGUUGUGACAUUGCCGUGGUGACAGAGAGGUCCACCUUCGCCACGCCAGGGGUCAACGUGGGUCUGUUCUGCUCAACACCGGCCGUGGCAAUAGGAAGAGCUGUCCCCAAGAAGGUAGCCAUGGAGAUGCUGUUCACAGGAAACCCGAUCUCGGCCCAGGAUGCUUUGCUGCACGGGCUGGUCAGUAAGGUGGUUCCUGAGGAGCGUCUAGAGGAGGAGACUCUAGCCAUCGCACGGCGGGUCUGUCAGGCCAGCCGGCCCGUUGUAGCCCUUGGCAAGGCCACCUUCCACAGACAGAUGGCCCAGGGGCGGGAUGCGGCCUACGCCACAGCAUCUCGUGUCAUGGUGGAUAACCUGGCUCUCAGAGACGGACAGGAGGGGAUACGGGCCUUCAUAGAGAAACGGAAGCCUGUGUGGACAAACAAAGCAGAGAAGGUCCAUGAUGACUGAUGUCUGCUGUUUAUUGAAGUGAUUAUCUGAUGAAGGGAUACUGCAGGGCUGUCUUCAUGUGCCUUAGGAGGGGGUGAGGUGAAGGUUCUAGGAAAGGUACACCAUGCACCCAUGGUCAAGGGACUCACUCAGAACAGAGAUUGGGCAAUUCUUGUAGUAAAACUGUGCUCAAUGUGAGAAACAGAAUGUAAAUGUUUAAAGGGGCAAUCUGCAGUUCAAACAGUAACAAAGCAGGCCACCCCGCCACUGAUUUGGUAAAAAGCUGACAUAUUUUUAAACAUGUUUUCAGGAUGUACAUUGUUUCAAAAGGAGUAAAACAAGCGUAUAUUUUGCGGUUCUGAUGGGGUAAGACAAUAGAACUAAGCUCAUGAGGAAUUUAUUAAGGUAUAUUCUUCAAAAAUGGAUGUAGCAUUCAGAUUACCCCAUUCAUGUAUUUAAAAAAUAAAAUACAUUUAGUAAAGAA